AUGCAGAAGGUUCAGCACUUAACCCAAACUGUUGUAUUGGAGGACAGAGUCGUUUCAACUGCUACAGAUCAGCUACUGACCUGCACUAUCAGUGGACUAGCACAAAGCACUCCUGUAACCUGGAUAGAUCCUGACAACAACGAAAUAUCUGACUCUGAUACCAACAACUAUGUCAUAGCUCAAGGCAGUUUCAUUUUUGGAAGCAAAGCCCCAACUUUGACCAUCAAGACCGCCAAGUUUGGUUCUCUAUCUUCAGGAGAUGUGUUUAAAUGUAAACUGAAGUCUGCUCUCUAUCCUACUGACUCCCCGGAUGUGGUGAAUGAGAUGACACUGACGUUACUGUCAUUGGGAGUUCAACCUAUUAACAAGGAAGUCCUAACUGCCACUGACGCCACCAUCUCCUGCGUGAUUACCGGCAUCACCCAACAAGUCGAUGCUGUUGUUUGGAGGAAAAGUGGAACCGACGUUACAACUUUGUCUGGAAGCAACUAUGUUGUAUCUGCAGGAACUUACGGUUCCAACUCUCAAACUACAACACUAGCUGUUAAAGCUGCUGCUAAUACAGCCGACUCAACUUACACUUGUGCUAUCACAUCUAAUGAGUGGCUUCAGACUAAUAAGGAAACGAAUGUGAUCCUAAGUGUUUUCGCCGUACAAUUUGUCGACAGAGCUGUCACCUCAAAAAUAGAUCAAGCUCUUACAUGCACUAUCAGUGGACUGUUGCAAACCACUCCUGUUACUUGGAUAGGACCUGACAACAACGAAAUAUCUGUAUCCGACACAAGCAAUUAUGUGAUUAACCAAGGAAUAUUUAUUACUUCUAGCAAGGCCUCUACCUUGACUAUAAAGCCGUCGGUUCUUAAAUCUCUUCCCUCUACCUCUGUCUACAAAUGUAAACUCAAGUCCGCUGCUUAUCCUGACUUUUCACCUGAAGUUGUGAACGAGAUGACCCUUACUAUACUGGAACUCGGUGUUGAAGCAAUCGGCAAAGAGGUCGAAUCAGGAACAGAUGCCACAAUUUCUUGUAUCGUUACUGGAAUCACUCAACAACUUGAUGCUAUUGUCUGGAGAAAGGAUGGCACCGAUGUGACAUCUUUGUCAGGAAGCAACUAUGUUGUAUCUGCAGGAACUUAUGGUUCAAAUUCUCAAACUACAACACUUACUGUAACAGCUGCUGCUAAUACCGUUGACUCAAUAUACACAUGUUUCAUUUCUUCAGAUGAGCAUUUGGAGUCUGACAAGCCUACCCCUGUUACUUUGAAUGUGUUUGAGGUAACUCUUGAGGACCGAACAGUUGUACCUGCCACGGAUCAGACUAUCACAUGUUCGGUGUCUGGGUUAUCACAGAACACACCUGUAACAUGGAUUGGUCCUGAUGAUAACGAGAUAUCAGAGUCUGACACGAACAACUACUUGAUCAGUCAAGGCAACUUUAUUUUCACAAACAAAGCUGCCACUCUCACCAUAACAGCAGCUAAGAUGAGUUCCCUGUCCUCGGGAGCAGUUUUCAAAUGUAAACUGAGGUCGUCUCUUUAUCCAACUCACUCGCCUGAUGUAGUAAAGGAAAUGGAACUUUCUUUCUUCACACUAGAUGUUCAAACGAUUAACAAAGAAGUUGAAUCUGGAACUGAUGCAACCAUCUCUUGUGUCAUCACUGGUAUAACAAAGAAGCUGGACUCGGUCAUCUGGAGGAAAUCUGGUACCGAUGUUACAUCUUUGUCAGGAAGCAACUAUGUUGUAUCUGCAGGAACUUACGGUUCCAACUCUCAAACUACAACACUUAGCGUUAAAGCUGCUGCUAAUUCUGCUGACUCAACAUACACUUGCGUCAUAACAUCAAAUGAGUGGCUGCAAUCUAACAAAGAAAGCACAGUGACACUGAACGUGUUUUCCGUUACCUUUGAAGAUAAGACUGUUACUACUGCAACUGAUCAAGAUCUUAUCUGUACGAUCAGUGGAUUGUCACAGGACACUCCUGUUACUUGGAUAGAUCCUGAUAACAACGAGAUAUCAGACUCUGACACCAACAACUAUGUCAUUGCUCAAGGCAGUUUUAUUUUUGGAAGCAAAGCCUCAACCUUGACCAUCAAGACCGCGAAGUUCCCUUCUCUUUCUUCAGGAGAUGUGUUCAAAUGUAAACUAAAGUCUGCUCUCUAUCCUACUGACUCCCCGGAGGUGGUGACUGAGAUGACUUUGACUUUACUGUCUCUAGAUGUUCAACCAACAAACAAAGAAGUCGAGGAAGAAACUGAUGCAACUAUUUCGUGUGUUAUCACCGGUAUCACUCAACAACUUGAUGCUGUUGUUUGGAGAAAGGAUGGAACCGAUGUAACAUCUUUGUCUGGAAGCAACUAUGUUGUAUCUGCAGGGACUUACGGUUACAACACUCAAACUACAACACUUACUGUAAAAGCUGCUGCUAAUACAGCUGACUCUACCUAUACUUGUUCUAUCACAUCUGAUGAGUGGCUUCAGACCAACAAGCAGACAGAUGUGAUCUUGAACGUCUUCGCCGUACAAUUUAAUGACGAAUAUUUCUCCGCAUCUGUUUUCUCAAAGAGAGACCACAUUCUGACCUGCACCAUCAGUGGACUAUCCCAAGAUAGUCCUGUAACAUGGACUGAUGAUAGUAACAAUGUACUUGGCAAUAGAGAAAAUAUCAUUGAUGACAAUUAUGCGGUAGAUCAAGGAUCAUUCGUGUUUGGAAGCAAAGCCUCCACUUUGACGAUCAGUAAUUCGUUAUUUAAAAUCGAUCCUACAUUCGACCCCACUGUUUUCAAAUGUAAACUCAAGUCCGCUGCUUAUCCUGACUUUUCACCUGAAGUUGUGAACGAGAUGACCCUUACCAUAUUGGAACUCGGUGUUGAAGCAAUCAGUAAGGAAGUAGAGACUGGAAUAGAUGCAACUAUUUCUUGUAUAGUUACUGGAAUCUCCCAACAAUUGGACGCUGUUGUUUGGAGUAAAGACGGCACCGAUGUUACAUCUUUGUCAGGAAGCAACUAUGCUGUAUCUGCAGGGCCUUACGGUUCCAACUCUCAAACUACAACACUCACUGUAAAGGCCGCUGCUAAUACAGUGGAUUCGACAUAUACUUGUGCUAUCACUUCAAAUGAGCAUGAGGAAUCUGACAAACCUACCUCUGUUACUUUGAAUGUGUUUGAGGUGACUCUUGAGGACCGAACAGUUGUUCCUGCCACUGAUCAGGCUAUCACAUGUUCGGUAUCUGGGUUAUCACAGAACACACCCGUAACAUGGAUUGGUCCUGAUGAUAACGAGAUAUCAGAGUCUGACACGAACAACUACUUGAUCAGUCAAGGCAACUUUAUUUUCACAAACAAAGCUGCCACUCUCACCAUAACAGCAGCUAAGAUGAGUUCCCUGACGUCUGGAGCAGUUUUCAAAUGUAAACUGAGGUCGUCGCUUUAUCCAACUCAUUCACCUGAUGUAGUAAAGGAAAUGGAACUUUCUUUCUUCACACUAGGUGUUCAAGCGAUUAACAAAGAAGUUGAAUCUGGAACUGAUGCAACCAUCUCUUGUGUCAUCACUGGUAUAACCAACGACCUGGACUCAGUCAUCUGGAGGAAAUCUGGUACCGAUGUAACAACUUUGUCAGGAAGCAACUACGUUGUAUCAGCAGGAACUUACGGUUCCAACUCUCAAACUACAACACUCACUGUAAAAGCUGCUGUUAAUACAGCUGACUCUACCUACACUUGUGCUAUCACAUCUAAUGAGUGGCUGGAAACAAAUAAAGAAACCUCUGUGGCACUUAAUGUCUUAUCCGUUGGUUUGGAAGACAAGACUGUUACUACUGCAACUGAUCAAGAUAUUAUCUGCACGAUCAGUGGAUUGUCACAGGACACGCCUGUUACUUGGAUAGAUCCUGAUAACAACGAAAUAUCAGACUCUGACACCAACAGCUAUGUCAUUGCUCAAGGCAGUUUUAUCUUUGGAAGGAAAGCAUCAACCCUGACCAUCAAGACCGCAAAGUUUGCUUCUCUAUCUUCAGGAGAUGUGUUCAAAUGUAAACUGAAGUCUGCUCUCUAUCCUACUGACUCCCCGGAGGUGGUCAAUGAGAUGAGUCUGACUUUACUGUCUCUAGAGGUUCAACCAAAAAACAAAGAAGUCGAGGAAGAAACCGAUGCAACUAUUUCGUGUGUUAUCACCGGUAUCACUCGACAACUUGAUGCUGUUGUUUGGAGAAAGGAUGGCACCGAUGUAACAUCUUUGUCAGGAAGCAACUAUGUUGUAUCUGCAGGAACUUACGGUUCCAACUCUCAAACUACUACACUUAGUGUAAAAGCUGCUGCUAAUACAGUAGAUUCAACCUACACUUGUGCUAUCACAUCAAAUGAAUGGCUUCAGACUAAUAAAGAGACAAAUGUCAUCCUAAACGUUUUCGCCGUACAAUUCAUCGAUAGAUCUGUCACACCAAAAAUAGACCAAACUCUUACUUGCACUAUCAGUGGACUGUCCCAAAAUACUCCGAUUACAUGGAUAGGACCUGACAACAACGAAAUUUCUGAAUCCGACACCAGCGACUAUGUGAUUAAUCAAGAAACAUUUGUGUUUUCUAGCAAGGCCUCCACCUUGACUAUAACGCCAUCGGUUCUUGAAUCUCUUCCCUCUACCUCUGUCUACAAAUGUAAACUCAAGUCCGCUGCUUAUCCUGACUUUUCACCUGAAGUUGUGAACGAGAUGACCCUUACUAUAUUGGAACUCGGUGUUGAGCCUACCAACAAAGAGGUGGAAAGUGGAACAGAUACUACAGUUUCAUGUUUCAUUUCGGGUAUCACCCGACAACUUGACGCUGUUGUUUGGAGAAAGGACGGCACCGAUGUAACGACUUUGUCAGGAAGCAACUAUGUUGUAUCUGCAGGGCCUUAUGGUUCCAACUCUCAAACUACAACACUUACUGUAAAAGCUGCUGCUAAUACAGCUGAUUCCACUUUUACGUGUGCCAUCACUUCUAACGAACACCUAGAGACCAAUAAAGAAACCUUUGUUACUUUGAACGUGUUUGAUGCGUCGUUGGAUGACCGAACAGUUGUGCCUGCCACGGAUCAGACUAUCAUAUGUUCGGUGUCUGGGUUAUCACAGAACACACCUGUAACAUGGAUUGGUCCUGAUGAUAACGAGAUAUCAGAGUCUGACUCAAACAACUACUUGAUCAGUCAAGGCAGUUUUAUUUUCGGAAGCAAAGCUGCCACUCUGACCAUAAAAGCAGCUAAGAUGAGUUCCCUGACGUCUGGAGCAGUUUUCAAAUGUAAACUGAGGUCGUCUCUUUAUCCAACUCAUUCGCCUGAUGUAGUAAAAGAAAUGGAACUUUCUUUUUAUACCCUAGCGGUUCAAACUGUAAACAAGGAAGUACAAUCUGGAGCUGAUGCAACCAUAUCUUGUGUCAUCACUGGUAUUACCAAAAACCUGGACUCGGUCAUCUGGAGGAAAUCUGGUACCGAUGUAACAACUUUGUCAGGAAGCAACUACGUUGUAUCUGCAGGGACUUACGGUUCCAACUCUCAAACUACAACACUUACAGUAAAGGCUGCUGCUAAUACUGCUGACUCUACCUACACUUGUGCUAUCACAUCUGAUGAGUGGCUGGAAACAAAUAAAGAAACCACCUGUGAUAUUAAACGUGUUUUCCGUUACUUUUGAAGAUAAGGUUGUCACCACUACGUCCGAUCAAAAUCUUAUCUGCACGAUCAGUGGGUUAGCACAGAACACCCCUGUAACUGGAUUGGACCUGACAACAACGAGAUAUCUGACUCUGACACCAACAACUAUGUUGUUGAUCAAGGCACAUAUAUUUUCGGAAGCAAGACAUCAACACUCACCAUCAAAACAGCCAAGUUUGCCUCUCUAUCUUCAGGAGAUGUGUUCAAAUGUAAACUGAAGUCUGCUCUCUAUCCUACUGACUCCCCGGAGGUGGUGAAUGAAAUGACUCUGACUCUCCUUGAGCUAGUUGUUCAACCAAUCAACAAAGAAAUCGAAUCUGCGACUGAAUCUACCAUUUCUUGUGUAAUAUCUGGUAUCACCCGACAAUUGGACGCUGUUGUUUGGAGAAAGGAUGGCACAGAUGUAACAACUUUGUCAGGAAGCAACUAUGUCGUAUCAGCAGGAACUUACGGUUCCAACUCUCAAACUACAACACUUACCGUAAAGCUGCUGCUAAUACAGCUGACUCUACCUACACUUGUGCUAUCACAUCUGAUGAGUGGCUUGUCACUGAUAGGCAGACUGGUGUUUUCCUGAAUGUGUUUGUUGUUUCAUUUGAUGACAGAUCCGUCUCUACUGGGGUUGAUCAAACAAUAUCUUGUGUAAUUUCGGGGUUAUCACAAAACACUCCCGUAACUUGGAUAGAUCCUGAUGGCAAUGACAUAUCCAACACCGACACCGACAAUUAUGUCAUCAACCAAGGCAACUUCUUCGCCGGCACAAAGACCGCUUCUCUAACUAUCAAGCCAACUGUGUUGCAGACUCUUGAAACAACCUCAGUUUAUUUGUGUAAAGUAAAGUCCGGAUUUUAUCCCGACUUUUCUCCCGAUGUUGUAAACGAAAUGACUCUUACUCUGCUGGAACUAGCUGUUUCACCCAUCAACAAAGAAGUGGAGAAAGGAACUGAUGUAACAAUAUCAUGCGUCAUCACUGGUAUCACUCAACAAUUGGAUGCUGUUGUUUGGAGAAAAGAUGGAACCGAUGUUACAUCUUUGCCAGGAAGCAACUACGUUGUAUCUGCAGGAACUUACGGUUCCAACUCUCAAACUACAACACUUACUGUAAAAGCUGCUGCUAAUACAGCUGAUUCAGCAUACACUUGUGCUAUCACAUCUAAUGAAUAUC